UUAAAAUAGUUUACCCAUGCAUACUGUAAGUGUCCUUUGUCACAUAAAUUCAGCUGGUCAGAUAUUGAGAAAGUUGUUACUAUUACUAUUGUUGCUUGGAAACAACACAUCACUUCACAAAUUCACAUUUUUACUGUUUUGGCACACACAUCUGGGUGUCUGGAAUGCCAAGUCAACCUAGAAACUGUGAAAUAAUACAACCCAUGUCAAAGAAAACAGAUGCUUUAAUAUAUACCAUUGGAUAGGUAAAAGUAUUUUUUAAGAGUCUUGGUCAAUGGCAUUGAAGUAGAAUGUGCAAAAGGUUAAACUGCAUUAUACCAAAGAAUGUUUUGUUUUCUUAUAACGUUUUUUUUUAUCUUAUAAAGUAUUUUUAAUCUUGAUCAGAUUGACCUAUUCUGUAAUGUCAGGGCAAAGUUGAUGUGCUCUUCUGCCCUGUAUACAAAAAGUAAUUGUAUACAAAAAAUAUUUUCAAAGCUGUAUAAACUGUAUUGUAUAAACUUUGUGUCCAGUUUUCAUAGGACACAAUUUGUAGCAGUCUCCUUCCUAAGAACCAGGGUCAUUUAUACAAUGAAUUCGACACUGUCACUGGACAAUAUCCAGGCCCUAUAAAAUAAAUGAUAAAUAAAAUGAUUUCUGUUUGAGUUAAGAAAUGUUGGUCUCCAAUCAUUAACUUUAAUUUGAGCCUUACAACACUCGAAUCCCAGCCAGACCUCGGUCUAUUUAGAAGAUAGAACACCACAUGCAAAUAUCUAAAUGAAGCCUGCACUGAUCAUUUUACCCCAAUUCCUAUGAUGACUGCCUCAAAGACAAAUGCUUUGGUAAAUCUUGAAACAUAAUAAUAACAUUUUCCACAGUUUGUCUCUUCACAAGAAGAGAGGUGUUCAUUUUAUGACACAGCUGUGUUGUGCCUCUCAGUGUUAUAUAAUGUGUCGGAUUUAGUUCUGAUUUAGUGUUAGAGCAUGUACUUUGCUCCACCCUCUUCCUAACCCUGCUUUCUGAAUUGCCGAAUCACAAAGCUCCUCCUUCUCAGUUCAGAAGAAACGAAACUCUUCUCUCUCUCUCUCAGUCUGUGAGUUCAGGAAAAUGGCAGAGGUCAGUAUUUUAGAACAGGAUCAGUUCAGCUGUUCAGUCUGUCUGGAUCUACUGAAGAAUCCAGUAACUCUUCACUGUGGACACAGUUUCUGUAUGGUUUGUAUUAAUGGCUGCUGGGAUCAGGAGGAUCAGAGGGGGGUCUACAGCUGCCCCCAGUGCAGAGAGACAUUCACUCCGAGGCCUGUUCUACGCAGAAACAACAUGCUGGCUGAAGUGGUGGAGAAACUGAAGAAGACAGAAGUCCGAGCUGCUUCUCCUGCUCACUGUAACGCUGGAGCUGGAGAUGUGGAGUGUGAUUUCUGUACUGGGAGAAAACUCAAAGCCAUCAAGUCCUGUCUGAUGUGUUUAGCGUCUCUCUGUGAAACUCAUCUUAAACCUCACCUGGAAAUUCCAGCCUUGAUGAAGCACAAGCUGGUGAAAGCGUCCACACAACUACAGGAGAAGAUCUGCUCUCAGCAUGAUGAAGUGAUGAAGAUCUACUGUCGCACUGAUCAGCAGUUAAUCUGUUAUCUGUGUACGAUGCAUGAACACAAAGCUCAUGAUACAGUUGCAGCUGCAGCAGAAAGAACUGAGAAACAGAAUCAACUGAAAGAAAAUCAGAUGAAGUUCCAGCAGAGAAUCCAGGAUAAAGAGAAAACUGUGCAGGAGCUGAAACAGGCGGUAAAAUCUCUUAAGGUCUCUGCACAGUCAGCAGUGGAGGACAGUGAGAGGAUCUUUACUGAGCUGAUCCGCUCCAUUGAGAAAAAGCGCUCUGAGGUAACAGAGCUGAUCAGAGAUCAGGAGAAGACUGAACUGAGUGCAGCUGAAGAACUCCUGGACCAGCUGGAGCAGGAGAUCACUGAUCUAAUGAGGAGAAACACUGAGCUGGAGCAGCUUUCACACACAGAAGAUCACAUCCACUUCCUCCAGAGUUUCCAGUCUCUUCAUGUCUCUUCUGAAUCAGAGUAUUCACCCAACAUCAGGGUCCGUCCCUCAUUUGAUGAAGUGAUCAGAUCUGUAUCUGAUCUGAAACAGCAACUAGAGGAAUUGUGUGAAGAGAAGUUCAGCACAAUGUCUCCACAUGCUGCAGCAGUUCAGAUUCUAUCCUCAGAACCAAAAACCAGAGAAGACUUUCUGAAAUAUUUCUCUUCUCUGACACUGGAUCAAAACACGGCAAAUACUAAUCUCCGACUGUCUGAGAAGAACAGAGCUGUGCACAACAGUGGAACAGCCCAGGUGUAUCCUGAUCAUCCAGAGAGAUUUGAUCACUGGUGGCAGGUGCUGUGUAAGGAGAGUGUGAGUGGACGCUGUUACUGGGAGGUUGAGUGGAGCAGUAGUGGAUAUGUGUUCAUAUCAGUAUCAUAUAAAGGGAUCAGCAGGAAAGGAGAUGGUAAUGAAUGCUGGUUUGGAGGCAAUGAUCAGUCCUGGAGUCUGCAGACUUCUUCUCCUCUCUCUUUCUGGCACAACAGCACUGAGACUAAGCUCUCAGCUUCUCCAUCCUCCAGAAUAGGAGUGUAUGUGGAUCACUGUGCAGGAACUCUGUCCUUCUACAGCGUCUCUGAUACAAUGACCCUCCUACACACAGUCCACACCACAUUCACUCAGCCGCUCUAUGCUGGAUUCUGGCUUUUUGAUGUUGGAUCAACUAUGGCACUAUGUUAUCCAAAAGAACACUCGUGAGCUAUUUAGUAAUAAUUCCAAAAACUAUUUGGUAUGCAAAAAUACUCCCAGGCCACAAUUUGAUUAGAUUUAAUUUAGCUCAUGACACUGGAUUUUUUAUUUAAUAUUCUUUCUCAAAUAAAAGGAGAGGGGUUUACAUAUAUUUUAUUACACCCUGUGGAAUUAUAAUACUAGGCAUUCAGUAAAUUGUAUACAUGUUAUGAUUAUCUGCGGUAAUGGGUGGAAUAAAAAUGUACUUCUUUUUUUGCAGAAAUAAAGCUGUAAACAUUU